AUGCAAUUCAUCUACUAUCUACUUCCAAAGCUCAAACAAGAAGCAUUGAACACCUCUCCAAUUGUUUGGACUGAUAAUGUACAGCUGAUUUGGAUUUUCAAGAUAGUUUUGGUGCUGCACUAUUUGAAAGCAACUCAAUUGGAGUUGUCAUAUUAA